AUGAGGCAGGCAGAGCACCUCAAGGCCUGCUCACCGCUCUCCCAGCACGAUGGUGAUAGUCUGCAGGAGUGUUUCUCGCUGGCUCCGCCGAUGGUGGCCUGCCUGGUGCGCCACAUCGACCGUGCAAUGGCGGAGGUCGCCACCCCGCCUAGUAUCGAGCGCUGCGUUGUGGAACUGCAGGCCUUUUUUCAGCCCUACGUCGACGCCAGCCGGGUGGUGGAACACUGUCUCCCCGGCAGCAAACUGCGGCUGCAGUUCGGCAAGGCGAUGGAUGUCAACGCCGGCGCCAGUUCCUCGCUGCUCAAUGUGUACAUUCUCGCCGUGGAUCAGCCGUACUCGCGGCCCCGUCUGCUGGCGCACGUCGCGAAGCGGUGGCGCACGCUCUUAGAAGGCGUCGGUCAGGAAGGGCGGGCUUUGGUGAUGCUGUACCACCAGGACCUCGUCGACGCGGCGAGCUUCAGCGCCCACCGGGCCUCGGGCCUCUUGGGCGACGCCGACGCGGCGAGGCAGCCGGACCAGCGGAAGGCCGAGGCCGCCGUGGCGGCGCUGGAGCCGUACUUUGAGGAGCUCAAGGCACUCCGGUUUGCGCCGCAUCAGAUGUGUGCGUACCUGCCGAACGAGGCCCCCAUUCGUGUCCUGGAGCGGCUGCGGGCGGCCUUCGUGGAGCGGACCGCGCGGCUCACGGCGGCGUUUGAUGGCUACUGGCGGCGUCAGCUGCACCCCGCACGCGUCGACAGCGAGGUGAGCAGCCAAAACAACAGCACCACGACGGCGACGGUGGAGGCGUGGAGCCUGCAUGAGUGCUGGCGACGCGGGUACGACUUGGCGAGGCACCUGUUGCAGUUCGGGGUGGUCAACGAGGCCAUGACGGUGUUUGCAAGAAUGUUUAGCCUGUACUAUUACCACUCCGAGGACUACGGCUUCGUGAAGAAUAAAGCGACGCUCGCGCGCUUGGGAAAGCUCCCCAACGUCUUUGAACCGAGAACGUUUUCGGUUGGGCGCGACGGUUACCCGUCGGUGCUGCUGGACGAUGCGGAGAUGUUGGAGGGGCUCCUCUUCAUCGUGGCAUGUGAGAUGUGGUGUGCGCUGCAGCUUGGGCUCCGCAACGCCGUCUUCGCGCGCUACAAGGAGUUCCUGCACGUGGCACGGGAGAAGUUUACGGAGGAGACCAACUCCAAAAUCACGGACGCGUGGGAGCUCCUCUUCCUGCUCCGCUGCGCCCUCUCCGCGCUGCGGCUCAACUGGCACGCUGCGGGGCCGGCAGUUGGCGGACUUGACACGCCGGCGUCGCCCUGCCCGCGGACGGCCGCCGCGCACCACCGCCACAACUACCACCGGGAGGCGGAGGAGAAGGAGGCGGAGGAGGAGGGGGAGGUGCACCCGCCAAGGCCGCCCCGGCCCAGCGCGGAAUGCUCCGACGUUUUAUCCGUCUCGCUGAUGAAAGAGUGGGGCACCACCGCAACCUCGCCCAACCUGGAGGCCAGCUUGGCGUCCUUCGUCGAGGAGGAGGCGAGGACUCAACCAGGCGCUGACAAAGGCGGAGGGGCGAGCGGCGGCAGGGCCGCCGCGACGGAGCGACUGCUGACGCUGUGCCACAGCCUUCAGCUGGACUGCGACGGUGAGUCGCGCUGGAUGUGUCAACUGCUCGCCAAACUCGCCACGGUUGCGCUGGAGUACCUGACGGAUCUUGCGGCCCUCGUUGGCUACAGUGAGGCGGGCGAGGUGGUCGCCCCGCUGCCGUCCACGUCGCCACCGCCGGAAGUCGUCGAAUUUGAAAUGCCGGAGAUCGCCUCAGCCGCGGCCUUCGCGUCGCUUUACCGAACACUCACGGAGACGGCUGCGAUCGCGCACUCCCUGCUGGGUGACUGCCACCUUGAGCACGCCUUGUACUACAGGUGCGCGCUCUCGCACCGUUUGGAGAAUCCCGCCAUCACGGCCGAGCUCUGCCGACGGCGGCUCAUUCCAUUCUGCCUGCAUCACGGCUGGCUGCAGCUUCAGACCGCCGUGCACUGCCUGCUGGUGGAGUCAAUGGAUCGCGUCAUGCAGCAGCGUGAGGCCCUCGGUCAGCCACCGCUCAACGACGAGGAGGUGGCGGGGUUGAAGGAGUCAAUUUUGUACAUCAUUGGCGCCCUCCACGAGCGUGGGGCUUUGCUGGACGAAAUUCAGGUCCUCUGUGGGAAGCAGCCCCCAGAAGAGUGGUGGCGCCGCCUGAAACAGGUCGAUAGCAAGUGGAAGAACCGCGGCGAAGCGAAGGAGGAGCCGAGUUAUAGUCUCUCGCUUCUAUUGAGGAAUCCCCGUCUCUUCUGCCUGUGCCCUGACCCUCUGCUGGAGGCGGCGACGCGAGAAGAAGAUGAAACGAUCUCCGCCUCGUCGAUGACGGCAACGACGGGGGAGUUGGAGUCUGCGUCUGCAUCCCCCAGCCUGCGAGGAAGCCUUGGCGAGACGGUUUUGGUGUACUUUAGUGCCAUUUGUCUGGUGGACAUUUUGGGGUGCGAGGCAGAGGAGGAACGGGAGGGCCCCCGCCCUGCCCCCACCGCGGUGCUUGCGUCAAAGAAGGACUGGACGAACUCCGAGGAGCCGAUACAUGUUCUGGACGUCACCAAGGUUGUCUCUUCCUCCUACAGCGCUGAGCAGGGACGGCUUCAGUGGGUGUGGGAGUUUCGGCCCUGCCGCGCCGGUGAGUAUUACCUCCUCUGCAUCACGCUGCGUGUGGGGCAGACAACGCUGGUCUACGUGCAUGACCAAUCAGCCACGUUGUCUGGUGGCAGUCUCACCGCCGACGCUGCGGCGGACGACAUCUCUAGUAGUGUGGAGGCAACGCCGCGCUGCUUGCUCUCUGUGCCUGAGCCAGACAUCGGCAUCAAGCUGCUCGCGCUGCCGCCCGAGGAGCCCCACUGCUUUGGCGACACGCUCAACUUCUUUAAAGUUCAUGUGGAGGUGGAGCGGCCGCUGGGUGCCCCGCGGGAAACGACGUCCCCAGGCCCAGGCUCCCUGGCCGCCGCCGCCGCCGCGGAGAGGGGCGAGGCGGUGGGCUGCAGGAGCUGCUCCUUAGAGAUGUCCAUCCCGGCGGGCGCAUUUGCUGCCACAAUGGCAACCGCGCUCCGCUCCUCGGGUCAGUGGGAUUCGCGGCACGCUUUAGUGGCUGAGGCGACGCCGCCGCCUGACCCGAGUACGCUGGCGCUCAUCUGCGUCAGUCGCCCCAGGCGGCACGCGUUGUCUCGCACCUCCGGCAGCGCCCUGCUGCCGAAGAGUUUGAGGGAGGGGGCGCUUCUGCACGAUAUGGCGGCCUCCCGCCGCACUGACGUCGAUCACGUCGCCGACGCCGUGUUGAGCGGCCUCAGGUCGAACACGGCCCAUCCCACGUUCUCUAUCUCCGAUGAAAGGACAGGCGCCGCAACCGCCGUACCCGUCAAUGAACAAUUUGUCAUGUCGCACCUGCCCCCGCUGCUCUGCAGUCGUGGUGGGAAGAUGAAGGCCGCGUGUGAUGCGGCGGACGCGGCGGAACGUGUUGCGUCCAUGCAUCUGGAAGGCAGCAUUCUGGCGACCCCGCGACAGCAGUGCUGUUUUAGCAUCCGCCUUGACGAGAACGAGCAGCAAGGGGAAGCUGAAGGCGGAGACGCGAAUCUCAGCAAGGUGUUGGAGGUGACCCGGCUUGAGUGCCAGCUGCCCGUGCUGCCCAUCUUCAUGUCUGGCACCGACGACUGCGCGCAGGUGUCGCUUUGCUGUCAGCGCAACAUGGAGUCGUGCACCACAAGCCUGCUUCUGCCCUUUAGAUUUGCACAAGCCUUUACAGUUGAAUACGCCUUUAAAUGCUUUCAAAGCCGCAUUUAUUGUCUUGUGCGGGUGGAGAACGUGCUUAGGACGACCUCGCUCUGGCUCCGUGGUGCGCUGCUUGAGCUGCUAGACACGGAACACUACUACAAACUCACUUGGGUCUCCUCUACGCACGAGCACCUCAUGCGACGUGAGUGGAAACCACGUGAGACGCUGCAUCUCUUCUUUGAGCUCACCCCUUCUACUGAGCCGUGCGCCCAUGAGACGGAGGUGUGCCAUCGUGUGCGGCUGCAAUUAAUUUACUCCAACUGGUCACUUGCGGCCGGGAUGACGCCGCUGGAGGCGCACAUUCUGCGCCCGCACUCGGGCACUUCGGCAGCUUCCUCUCACGCCACCAGCCCUGAGGGAACCCCGUCGGCUGCCGCGGCGUCUCUUGACGCGAGCGCCGGCGGAGUGACGGAAGUCCGCCAACCGUACGCAGGGAUAGGCUCGGUGUGCAGCAGUGCCCUGGAGCGGUCCAUUUGCUUUGCCAAGCAGCCACGGGUCUGCUUCAACUCUGUGCAGUUGGAGAAGUUGCAGGCCACCUGUAACACUUUCUAUGCCCCUGUGGGGACAUUUACGUCGAAGCACUCAUGCUUGUUUAACGUCGUCAUAUUUCUGGAUCCGCAGCAGUUGAAAGAUUGCGUUGGGCGCCAGCAGGGGAUGGCAGCCGCCCCAACCAGCGAAACACCCUCGUUGGCGGCGGACCUCAUUGAGAUCAUCAGCGAGGAUUCCUUUGAAAACGCCGCGGCCCCCGCCGGGGCCUCGCCAGUGGAUCUUCCGGGCGGUUGCGUGUUUCCUGCGGGCGAGCCCAUCCGCUUCUCGGUGUCGCUGGAGCCGCUUGCACACAACUGGCCAGAGACGUGUGACGGGGAGGAGGAGUUUUUGAUCACCUUCAGGGCCGACCCCGCGGCGUGGCUGGUGACCGGAAAGCAGCGGGUCCGUCGCGUGCUCUCGAUGAUGGAGGACGCGACGCUGCACUUCACGGCCGUGCCCGCGCCGACGCCGGUGGCUUGUGGUGCCGCCGCCGAACGCGAGGCGAGCCGCGCGUCGCAGGGGCGAGACGACGACCAACCGGAGCCGCAGGCGCAGCCGCAUCAGCGGCGGCGGCGGCAGCGGGUUUCGGUAGUUGCAACGCCCACCGUUGAGAUUCGUUGGGCCUCGCGCGGCGGCGCGGCUGGAGGGGAGACGCUCUUGGAGGACACCGCCGUGGCGAUUGAUGUCGUGCAGUUCCGCACCUCGAUGCGCAUCCGGCACUGA